ACAAUUUAAGACUUUGUCUGGGUUCGACUUUCAAAAGUCCUUCUAUCGACCCGAGUUCUUUGACCAAAUCGAUCAUCUUUCAACGAAUAGUUCUGUCUUCAAACAAAAGGUACUGUCUUGUAUUAAAAGAUUGGAUUUUAGCUCUAUGUAAGAAAAUUUUCGUCUUUUUGGUUUUGGUGGAAAAAUUUUGAACAUCUUCGCUCAAAAAUUCUCUAUAUUUGUUAAAUGGAAUCGAUGACGAAGAGAUUGAAGCAAUAUCUGAGAUAUGGGACCGUGAAAAAGAAGGAAAGAAGCAUGAAGAAGAAGGAGAGAUGGUUCUUGGAGAACGGAAGCGUCUUCUUGAAAGAGCUCAUCGCUGGUUGUAAUGGUAAAUCCAUUCCUAUACGCAGCUUUACUUCUUCCGAUAUCUUGAAAGCCACCAGUAAUUUCGAUUCCAGUUGUUUUGUCGCUCAAGAAGGGUUCUACAUAUGGUACAGAGGUGUAAUCGAAGAUAGAUCUUACAUGAUCAAGAGAUUCUCCGAGUAUAAAGUUACUGAUUACAGAGUUGGGGAGGUUUAUAAAGACAUUGUCCUGUCUGCUCGGAUGAGCAACCACAACAAUUUUCUUAAACUAUUAGGAUGUUGUCUUGAGUUCCCUUUUCCGGUUCUUGUGUUUGAAUAUGCUGAAUAUGGAGUUUUGAAUCACAGAGGAGGUGUUAUGAUUAACGGGGAGGAAUCUUUAUUGCCUUUGAGUUUAAGGUUGAAGAUUGGGAAGGAGAUUGCAAAUGCCUUGGCUUAUCUUCACAUGGCGUUUCCUAAGAUCAUCAUUUAUAGAGAUGUUAAGCCAAUGCAUGUUUUCUUAGACGAGAACUGGACUGCAAAGUUGUCUGAUCUAUCUUUCUCAAUAUCGCUUGACGAGGGAAAGUCACAGAUAGAAGCUGAAGACGUGCUUGGUACAUAUGGGUACCUUGAUCCAUUGUACUUUGCAACUAGACUUGUGACAGAAUAUACCGAUGUGUACAGCUUUGGAGUCUUUUUGAUGGUUAUUAUGACUGGCAGAUCGGUUUACUUCACCGGAUCUGAUGGGUACAUUGUAAGUAUUCGUGGAUAUGUAAAAGGCUUAUAUGAGAAUGGGAAGCUCAGUGAAGUCAUAUGUCCUAUGAUGAUGAAAGACAUUACAAGUGCUCAAAGAGUACAGGUGGAAGCUUGUGUUUUACUUGCUCUGAGAUGCUGUGAGGAGAGGGAUGAAGACAGACCGAAGAUGAUUCAGGUAGCUAAAGAAUUCAAACGGAUUGAGACAUCAAUUUGAGAUCAUAGCUAGAGAUCAUUUCUGCUCUUAGAUUGUAUAGCCAAGUUUCAGAAUCAUUACUUUCUAAAGUUUUGAAAGCAUAUGAUUACAGACCUGAAGAAUGCAAAAAGCUUAAGGGGUUAG